AUUUAGAGACCAUUGUUUUAUUUCCGGUGUAAAAUUAUGACCACGUAAUCUUUAUUUAAUCGAUUUGACUCUUACUUUCACAAUGGGUGAUGCUCCUCAAGAAAAUCAAGAACAAGAGCCACCAGUAAAUCGUAAUCCAGAGUUCGUGACAGAAACAUUUUCGUCUGUGAUAGAAUUUCUGCAGCAAUAUGGCUGGUUUGUUUUAUUUGGUAUUGUGGUUCUGAUUUAUAUAAAGGUAAAGUUAGAUCCUCAUAUCAGAAGAGUAAAGAAGAAAGCUGAAGAUGUGAUAGAACAAAAGAAAUUUGAUCCAGAUGUGGCACAGAGACGUCUGGAACAGAUGGAAAGAUCCAGGCAGAGAUUACAAGAACAGCAUGAUGCUGAAGCAGCUAGAUAUGCUGAAAAGCAGAGAAUUAAAGAGGAAGAAAAAAGAAAACUAAAAAUAGAAGAUUGGGAAAAUCACCAACAAGGAAAGGGUUACAGAUCUAAAGUUAAACCAAAAGAAGAACAAGAAGUAAACAAACCUUCUAAACCGAAGCCAAGAUUAAGAACAAAUGAUUAUAGUCCAUUAAUGGGAGACAAUGGUGGUUCAUCAUUUAGACCACCAAGGAGGAGUGGUGGAGGAGGAUGAGGUUAAUUUGUGUAUCCUGUAACUAUGGCAAUGAGUUGUCCAGUUGAUUUAUUGGGACUUUUUGCCACCAAGGAUACACACUUUUAAUAAACCUGAUCCUGUCUUUUAUUCAGUUUAUAUAACACAUUUCUCAUAAUAUUUCCAAUAAUGCAGUUGUACACUCGUCUUACUAUUUAAGGCUUAUCGAGUUAUUAGCAUAGUUGACACGGUUAUGUCAAUGACAAACUAUAUUUUAGAUUCCAUAAGUUAUUUAUGGUUCGUAUGUAAUCAGUGUUUUGAUAAUUUAUGGUUCUGAUGUAAUCAAGUCUUUCUUUGUUACAGUCUUUAAACAGAAAGACCAUUGUGUGAUUUGUAAAGUUAAAAAAACAAGAUCUAAGUAAUUAAAAAACAAUAAAAUCUAAUGAAAAAUGUUCAAUCAAAAUGUUGUUCAGGAUUUCGAACAGACUGUAAUUUAAAUGGUUAAAUUUUGCUGUUCAUACUUUUAAAAAUUUAAACAUAUUAUUUGUAUAAAGAUUUAAUAUUUUUUUAAUUCAGAUGUUUUAAGUAAACACAAAUUUCUAUGUAUUUCCGUUUUUUAUAAGUUGUGGUGUGAUAAUUCCACUCACUGCACUCGGAUGGAAAGAUACAUUAUAUGCAUUCAUCUUUUUUAUGUUGAUUUAACUUCAAUUACUAUCAUUUAGAUAGGCAGUUGAAUCUCAGCUUUGGCCAUUUAGAUUACAAGUAGUUCAUUUAGUGAUUGUUACGCAUGAUAAUAUCUGUGUAUUCAUAUUCUGAUUAAAAAAGAGGAUCACUGUCUGGUAUACAGUAUUUAACAUUGAUUUCAAUAAUAUUUAUAUGUGUCCAUUUGAAUUGUAAGGUAUAGAUUAUCAGUUGAAUGUGUGAUUCAUUUGUAAGUUUAUUAUAAGAUUGUACAUGAAUUUAAGCUGUAUGUAUGUGUUAUACCUCAUGAUUGAAUGUGGAUGUCAUAAAUAUUUUGAAUUUUAUGACAAUUGUUCUGUAAAGAUAAACUUUGUCUGGGAACAGUUUGAAACAAUGAUAAUACUGUGUACAAUUGUUUUGAGUAAGAAUAGUCACGGUUUUAAAUAUUUAUUGAUUUUGUUAUCAAAAUGGUUUUUAACCUACUUACUUGAAUUUUAGAUAAAAAAUUAUAAAAA